GCCCCUUGUUGCGGCAUCGUCGGAAAUGUGCGGAUAUAUAAGGGUGUAAAAGGUCCGAUUGAGGUAUCAGUUAUUCAGCUGUUUUCAUCCUAACAACAACCCUCAACAUGAAGUUCCUUAUCCUGGCCGUUUGCGUUGCUGUUGCCUCAGCCAACACUGCUUACCCGUCUCCGGCUUAUCCAGCUCCAGCCUACCCGUCUCCGGCUUAUCCAGCUCCAGCCUACCCGUCUCCAGCUUACAAACCGGAAUCUUACCCUCCCCAGCCGUACAGCUUCGCCUGGGAAGUCAAUGAUGCUCCAUCUUACAACAACUACGCCCACUCUGAGAGCAGCGACGGCAAAGUAACCACUGGAUCUUACCGUGUUGCCCUCCCCGAUGGUCGCACCCAGAUCGUUACCUACAAGGCUGACGCUUACGGAUACACCGCUGAUGUAAAAUACGAGGGAGAGGCCAAGUACCCGGAAUACAAACCAGCUGCCUCUUAUCCUGCCCCAGCAUACAAAGCUCCAUCUUAUCCAGCUCCAGGUUACCCUGCUCCAGCAUACAAACCCGAAUCUUACGCUCCCCAACCGUACAGCUUCGCCUGGGAAGUCAAUGAUGCCCCAUCUUACAACAACUACGCCCACUCUGAGAGCAGCGACGGUAAGGUGACGACCGGCUCUUACCGCGUCCUUCUCCCCGACGGCCGCACCCAGGUCGUCACCUACAAGGCUGACAGCUACGGAUACACCGCUGAUGUUAAAUACGAGGGAGAAGCCAAGUACCCCGAAUACAAACCAGCUGCCUCUUAUCCUGCCCCAGCAUACAAAGCUCCAGCCUACCCUGCUCCAGCUUACCCUGCUCCAGCUUACCCUGCUCCUGUCUACAAGGCUCCAGCUAAAUACUAAAAGGCUUAAAUAGUUUUAUUAUCGAAAUGAUAUAUUAAAUUUCCUAUUCGCAUGCAAUUGUAAAUGAUGAAUGUAUUGUUCGUACGAAACAAAUAAAAUCCGUAUCAGACUUA